ACGGAGCUUUAUUUCUCUCACACACAGGCGCGCGCACAUACACAUACACACACGCGCGCACACACAGCGGCUUAAAGGGGCUUCAUGUCCUCGAGAAACUGAUUUAUUUAUCGCCCGAAUCUGAUCUUUUACGCUCUGAAAGAUCAUCUGAAACGGAACAAACCCCAAAACCCAGUUCGGAAAUGGACUCACUGUGGUCCUAGACACAGAGACAACGUGGACCGACCCGGACAAAGCGAGCCGAGAAGAUGAGCGCGAGCACAACGGCGUCGUGUCGCUUCGCCCAUUACUUCGUGUUAUGUGGACUGGACACGGACACGGGCCUCGAGCCCGACGCCUUAGCCGCUUUGUACCAGUGGCUAGAGGCAGAUCGUCAGGGCAGAGACCCAGAGGCUGAGACUGCAGGCGAGAACUUUGACCAGAGUCCUCUUAAAAGGACCUUCAAAUCCAAAGUGCUGGCUCACUACCCGGAGAACAUCGCGUGCAACCCUUUUGACCAGGAUGCCGUCAACAUGCUCUGCAUGCCUAAAGGCCUGUCGUUCCGCACUCAGAAGGACUCCCUGUCCCCCAAGUUCCACUCGUUCCUCAUCACGCGUGAGGACGGCUCUCGCACCUACGGUUUCGUACACACCUUCUACGAGGAGGUGACCAGCACUCAGAUCCGCUCGGCCAUGCAGACGCUGCACCAGAUGCACCACGCGGAGCGCGCCUCUUCGAACGCCUGCCCUUCAUCCUCCUCCUCCUCGUCCUCCUCCAGCAUGGACUCGUUAACCAGCAGCUCGGACGAAGCCGAGUCUCUGUCCUCCGCCUGUUCCGCGAGUCAGCGUUGUUGCAGCUCCUCAAGCUACGACGCCGAGCAGGACACGCUGUACGUCUCCAAAGCGCUGUGCCUGAUCACGCCGAUGCCCUUCAUGCACGCGUGCCAGCGCUUCCUGUCCCAGCUGCACAGGGCGGUCACGGCCCAGCAGCCGCCUCCUCUGCCGCUGGAAAGCUACGUGCACAACGUGUUGUACGAAGUCCCGCUGCCGCCUCCCGGACGCUCCUUAAAGUUCCACGGCGUGUACGAGCCCAUCGUGUGCCAGCGGCCAGGACCGGCGGAGCUGCCGCUGGCAGAUUUUCCUCUGGGCGAGGCUUUUCGGCUGCUGGGCGUCGAGAACCUGGUGCAGCUCUUCACCUGCGUCCUGCUCGAGAUGCAGGUUCUGCUUUACUCACAAGAUUAUCAGAGGCUGAUGGUGGUAGCAGAGGGGAUCACUACGCUCCUCUUUCCGUUCCAGUGGCAGCAUGUGUACGUGCCCAUCCUGCCUGCUUCCCUGCUGCACUUUCUCGAUGCCCCCGUGCCCUACAUCAUGGGCUUACAGUCGAAAGAGGGCACGGAGCGCUCCAAACUGGAACUGCCUCAAGAGGCGAACCUUUGCUUCGUGGACAUUGACAAUCACUGCCUGGAGCUGCCUGAGGAUUUCCCACAGUUCCCCAACAAGGCCGAGUUCAUCCAGGAGCUGAGCGAGCUGCUGCUGAGCUAUGGCCUGCGUCUGGAAGGGGGCGCUCCCUCGCCUCCGCCGUCCUCCACUCGGGCACGCGUGACUGGGCCCGAAGCCCUGAGAGACUUGGUAGACGACGGGAGGAACGGAAAUCUGCCGCUAGAUGUUGCGGACCUGCUGCAGGGAAACCCGACUCUGGAGCGCCUUCAGGCUCUAGCCAAGCGCACGGGGGUGAAGGUCGCACGUCUGGAGGAGCUGGUGGCCGGACAGAGGGCUCUGGUGGUGGAGGAGAACAUGGCGGCAUCGAGGACCGGCAUCGAGGAGGAGGAGCUGAGGAACGCCAAGCUAAACGUGCAGCUGAGAGAGGUGUUCGCCGCUCGCUUCGUCGCGAUGUUCGCCGACUACGAGGCGUUCGUCAUUCAGAACUCGCCAGACCUGGAGUCGUGGCUCUCCAACCGGGAGCAGAUGCACAACUUUGACAAGGCUUCCUUCCUGUCAGACCAGCCAGAGCCAUACCUGCCUUUCCUGUGCCGCUUCAUCGAGACCCAGAUGUUCGCCACCUUCAUCGACAAUAAAAUCUUGUCCCAGUGGGAGGAAAAGGAGCCCCUGCUGCGCGUGCUCGACGGACGCAUCGAGAAGGCCCGCCUCUACAACGUGCGCGCGCCCAACCUGCGCUCCUCCGUCUACCAGAGGUGCACCUUCCUCGACGAGUCCGCUCAGGCCAUUGAGCAGCGGUUGAUGAAAAUCGACCACACGGCCAUUCAUCCACACCUGUUAGACAUGAAGAUCGGCCAAGGCAAAUACAAGCAGGGCUUCUUCCCUAAGCUGCAGUCGGACGUCCUCGCCUCAGGCCCGACCAACAACAGGUGGUCUAAUCGCGCCGGCGCGGCUCAGCGGAGGAGGGACUGGCACAGACCGCAGACGGAUCACCUCGGGCUGGACAACGACCUCAAAGAGCCAGUGGAGGGGUGUUCGGGGGUGCAGAGCUCUACGGCUUCCUCGGAGUGGGUCCGGGCACCGAGCCGUCGCGUUAAACCACCCACAAAGUCCUUCUCAACCUGCAGUCUGAAGUACAUGCAGGAGGCGCGUAGCCUGGGGAAAAACCUGAGGCAACCCAAACUGUCUGACCUUUCCCCAGCGGUCAUCGCUCAGACCAACUCCAAGUUUGUGGAGGGCUUACUGAAGGAAUGCAAAAUGAAGACUAAGCGGAUGUUGGUGGAGAAGAUGGGUCGAGAGGCCGUGGCGCUCGGGCACGGAGAGGCUAACAUCACCGGCCUGGAGGAGAACACGCUCAUCGCUAGUCUGUGUGACCUGCUGGAGAGGAUAUGGAGCCACGGCCUGCAGGUCAAACAGGGAAAGUCUGCAUUAUGGUCCCAUUUAAGGCAUUACCAGGACAGAGUGGAGAAGAUGGAGCAGCAGGCGGAGUCCUCAGUGUCUCCCGGGCAGGAGAAACGGAAGUCGGAGUCCUCCACGGGAUUGUCAGUACUGCGCGCGUCAGUCGUGCAGGACAUGAGGCACAUCCAGAACAUGGGCGAGAUCAAGACGGACGUAGGGAGAGCACGAGCCUGGAUUCGUCUGUCCCUGGAGAAAAAGCUGCUGUCUCAGCACCUCAAGCAGCUGCUUUCUAACCAAGCUAUAACCAAGAAGCUGUAUAAGCGGUACGCCUUCCUGCGCUGUGAGGAAGAGAAGGAGCAGUUCCUCUUCCACCUGCUGAGUCUGAACACGGUGGACUACUUCUGCUUCACCAGCGUCUUCACCACCAUCAUGAUCCCGUAUCGCGCCGUCAUCAUCCCGAUCAAGAAGCUGAGCAACGCCAUGACCACCUCGAACCCCUGGGUGUGCGUGUCGGGAGAACUGGGCGACUCGGGCGUCAUGCAGAUCCCGAAGAACGUUCUGGAGAUGACGUUCGAUUCUGCCUUUAGGGCUCACACGCACCUCUCCAUCCCCUUCAAGUGCCAGAACCUGGGGAAGCUGACCACCGUGCAGUUGGGCCACGACAACGCCGGACUUCUGGCCAAGUGGCUGGUGGACUGCGUGCUGGUGCGCAACGAGAUCACAGGACACACGUACAAAUUCCCUUGUGGUCGCUGGCUGGGGAAAGGCGUCGACGACGGCAGUCUUGAACGAAUCCUGAUCGGCGAAUUGGUUGUUCCGUGCACCGACGAGGAGACGGGGCGAGGCUCCAAGACCCCGCCCCCUCAGCGCUCGCCCUCACAAAUCCGUCGAAUCAGCAUUAGUUCCAUCACAGGCCGAGGCAGCAAACCAACGACCGAUCAGAUACAGGAAGCCAUCAGCGACGCGGUGAACAACAUCGUGAAACAUUUCCACAAACCAGAGAAGGAGAGAGGGAGUCUGACUCUUCUGCUGUGCGGAGAGGGCGGUCUGGUGGGAGCUCUGGAGCAGUUCUUCUAUCACGGCUUCCGCACCGCUCGUCUCUUCCAGAAGAGCGUCUUUCUGUGGGACUUCAUAGAGAGGUCGGUGAUGUAUAUGGAGAGUUCUGAUCGGACGGGCGAUCUGCGGCGACCGGCCGAGCGCAUCGGUUCCAGCUGCAACUCUCUUUGUCGCUAUGCCAACGCCAUCAACAAUACCUCACGCAGCUUGGGCAAAGACGGCAAAUUCCAGCUUCUGGUCUGCCUUGGGGCAAGAGAUCGGUUGCUGCCUCACUGGCUCCCCCUGCUGGUCGAGUGUCCCAUCAUCGUGCGUAUGUAUGAGGAAACGGCGUUGCUGCGUGACAAUCUCGCCGUCAACCUUCUCAUCAGCGUCCUGCAUUCUCUGCACGACUUCCGUGUAACUCUAGAGACCUCCCUCACCAAAGGGGUGGAGCUAUAGCCAGACAGAAAUGCUCCGAAUCGUUCUCCUUGUCCAGCUCAGCCUCCUCCUGAUCCUUCUGCCUCUGCUGCUGCUGCCUCCGUUACUGCCGCUGCUUCCCGGGAGCACGAAGCAAACGAGCUCCGGAACCAACACGGCGUUUAAACUCCCAAAACCGCAGAGAAAUCAGGGUUCACGCGGAAGGGAGAAAAGCGUUUCGGAGCAGCGUUAAAGAAUCCAAUCAUUGGUGUUUUUCAAUUGCUCUGUUUUUUUCUUUGGUGGUUUUUUUUUUUUUUUUUCUUCAUUGUUAAGGACUGGUUUCUGAAUCCUGCGUGCUGUCGGACAGUUUCCUGUAUUCGUCCCUUGACCGUCCCGAGUGUUUUGAGAAACGUGUCGGUCCUUCACGUGACCCUGCACGAAAGGAAACGACCGGAAAGUGUUAACAUGAGCGGCUCCGAAGAGGUUUAGUAUCAACCGGCUUCGGAGGCGUUUUGUCAAGUCACACGCGCAUUAAAAGCCGUGCACGGAUUGAAUGACGAACCGGAUCACCUGGACCGCGUCAGUAAACGACAUUCCAGCGACACUGAAGCGUGAUUUACGUGAACAGCAUUAGAGGAUGAGGUUUUAUUUUCGCCAGUCAGUAUUAACUUGGGUUGUGUUGAAGAAAAAAAAUUCCACAGCGAACUUUUUAUAUUUAUCAGAAAACACUGGAAAGCAAUAACGUGUCACUUUUCUGUCAUUUCCUGCCCUCGCACGGACAAAAACGUUAACCGCUUAAAUGACCAGCAUUUUUUUUUUCCCCCUUACUAUGUGUUACGUUUUUUUGAAUGGAAAGUCUAUUUGGCCUGCUGUAAUUUGAGCUCAUUUUCCACAAGUCCUCUAUUUUGGAGCUUUAAAUCUGAACACACACACGCACGCACGGAGUGUCAUAUCAGUCAUAAGAGAUUGACGUGUUAUACGAUUUUGUUUCGUUUUUUAAUUUAAAUUUCAGUUCUCCACCUGUGUAUGUCCCUCGGAGGGUGCUCGUGUGAAGUGAAGUAUGGUUUCUUUCUUUCUUUUGAUGUUCAGGUUCAUCUCUGUGUAUGUGUAUUAUUUAUUUUCUUCGAACAAAGCUUUUGUGGCACUGGUGAAAGGACGCGCAGUAAGGGCGAGCGGUUUAGUCGCGUCCCGUCGUCCCGUGUUUGCCGGCUCGUCGAGGUCGGAUCCGUCUGCGUGUAAUAUCGCUGUACGUUUAUCUGUGUGAAAAUCCAAUGAACCACGUUUUUGUUUCUCCAGCCGGAAAACACGAUAUAACACUGGAUCAUUCCCUUUGGCGUUUAAUGCUGUUGCAUGCCCGAGCUGGGGAAUUUUAGCUUGGAGAUUAGUUCGACUUUAGGUUCGUACGUCUGUUCUGAUUCAGAGCCGCGUACCAGGAUCUUUAACCACUUUGUUUUGUUUGGUUUCCCUUCGCGAUUGAUCGCGUCGUGAACGCUUCUCACUGGAAAAAGGGAUGCUCUCAUGUUCAUGAUGUUAUGUUCCGGAACCUUUCAUUAAAAUCACUGUGUGUUUA